AUGGAGCUCAGUGUCCUCCUCCUCCUUGCUCUCAUCACAGGACUCUUGAUUCUCCUGGCCAGGGGCCACCCAAAGGCACAUGGCCACCUUCCGCCAGGCCCCCGUCCUCUGCCCUUCUUCGGGAGCCUUCUGCAGAUGGACAGACGAGGCCUACUCAAAUCCUUCCUGAGGCUCCGAGACAAAUAUGGGGAUGUCUUCACGGUGUACCUGGGGCCAAGGCCUGUGGUCAUACUAUGUGGGGCAGAGGCAAUCCGGGAGGCCCUGGUGGACCAAGCUGAGGCCUUUUCUGGCCGGGGGAAAAUCGCCGUUAUUGAUCAAGUCUUUCAAGGAUAUGGUGUGGUGUUUGCCAAUGGGGAACGCUGGAAGGCUCUUCGGCGAUUUUCUCUGGUCACCAUGAGGGACUUCGGGAUGGCAAAGAGAGAAAGAGAGAGAGAGAAAAUCAUUGAUCAGCUGCUGGUCCUUUCUCAAGAGAUUGCAAGAUAUAAGCGAGCCCUCCAGGACCCCACCUUGAUCUUCCACUCCAUCACUGCCAACAUCAUCUGCUCCAUUGUCUUUGGAAGACGCUUUGCCUACAGAGACCCUGAUUUUCUGAAGCUUCUGGACAUGUUCUACCAGUCCUUCGCACUCAUCAGCUCCUUCUCCAGCCAGGUGUUUGAGCUCUUCUCUGACUUCUUGAAGUACUUUCCUGGCACACACAGGCAAAUCUACAGAAACAUGCAGGAAGUCAAAGACUUUAUUGGCCACAGUGUGGAGAAGCACAGGGAGACCCUGGACCCCAACGCCCCCCGGGACUUCAUUGAUACCUACCUGCUCCGCAUGGACAAAGAGAAGUCCCACCCGAACAGCGAGUUCCACCACCAGAACCUCAUCAACACCGUACUCUCUCUCUUCUUUGCGGGCACAGAGACCACCAGCACCACUCUCCGCUAUGGAUUCCUGCUAAUGCUCAAAUAUCCCCACAUCGCAGAGAAAGUCCACAAGGAGAUUGAUCAGGUGAUUGGCUCACAUCGCCCUCCAGCCCUUGAUGACCGGGCCAAAAUGCCAUACACUGACGCAGUCAUCCACGAGAUUCAGAGAUUCGGAGACCUGAUCCCUAUUGGUGUGCCCCACGUGGUCAUCAAAGACACUAAAUUCCGAGGGUACAUCAUCCCAAAGGACACUGAAGUAUAUCCCAUCCUGAACUCUGCUCUCUUUGACUCACGUUACUUUGACACACCAGACACCUUCAACCCUAACCACUUUCUGGAUGCCAAUGGGGAACUGAAGAAGAAUGAAGCUUUUAUACCCUUCUCCCUAGGGAAGCGCAUUUGUCUCGGCGAAGGUAUCGCCCGUGCGGAAUUAUUCCUCUUCUUCACCACCAUCCUCCAGAAUUUCUCCGUGGCCAGUCCCGUGGCCCCUGAGGAUAUUGACCUCACACCCCGGGAGUGUGGAGUGGGCAAGCUGCCCCCAGUGUACCAGAUCCGAUUCCUGUCCCGCUGAGGGGGUUGAAGGAAGGAGAUCAAAGGAUCCCAGGGUCAUGAAGUAUUCCCACCUCUGCAGGGAUGUUGCCUGACUCUACCCAUGUUCUGCAUCUGAGAGAUCUGCUACAAGCCAGUCUCCUUCUUCCUCCUUGGUUGCCACCUCCACGAGAAUGUCCAUUCUGCUGUCUGCCUCCUUCCAUCAUGCUGCAGCUCUUCUAAAGACUCAAGGAGGUGUUCUCCUUUCCUCUGUUAAUAGAAUUCCAGAAGUGGUGUAUAUAUAGAAAUUGGAGGCUGAAAGGGAAAACUCAGCUGAGGAUCUCUCUGCAGUUCUGCCUCCUAGGCCACUGCUUACCCUGAGUGACUUCUCCCUUCCUUAGAACAACCACAGCCUCCAUGUAACAACUCCUUGUGCUCCAUACAUGAUCUUGCUUGAACAUUACUCCCAGUAGCCCCAUGUGGUGGGUACAAUGAUCAUGUCCAUUGUACAGAUGAGUACACAGAGGCGGGGCAAUGGCAUCAGUUGUCUGAGGUCACAUGGGUAGUGAGUGCAGGUGCAAGACUCACACUCAGUCUCUGUCUCUAGAACUCAAACUCUCUAUCAAAGCUCCUCCCACCCAUAUAUUUUUAAAUUAAUCUGAAACUCAGAGACAAAAAAAUCAACCAUUUUUACUAGUGUAAUUUAGUGCUUUCUGGAUUUGCCUCUUCUGCAUAAUUCAUAUAGUGAAAUCACAUAAUAUGUGGCCUUUUGUGAAUGGCUUCUUUCACUUAGCAUGAUAUUUUUGAGGUUCAUCCACAUUGUAGACUGUAGUUGUGCCCUGCCAUUGUCCAGCUGUCUCCUCAUUUUACUGCCUUUCCCUUUCCUUUUCAAUAUAAAAGGGCCUCCUCAGCCCAGGGCCUCCUGACCUGUGUGGUUAUAAACUGGUGCCUUGGAUUCCCCGAUAUACCUCUUCAAAUGCACUGAGACUCAAAUAAACAUCCAAAACCUGACACCUCCAGGUCAGGUGGUG